CGCUCCUCAUUCAGCCAUUCGCCUUCACCACAGCCUAAUGGCGACGUAGAUUGUAGCAUUGGUGAAGAAGAGUUAGUGACUAUGCGCCGGCAACUCAUAGAUAUGGGGUAUCUCUCAACCUCCACGCCAGGAGACUUGGACGCAACGCAUAGGGAGCGCGUGCUAGUGGACAUGGUUUUGCGUCUCCUGCGUGCCAGGAGUGGCCUCCAUACAUCCCAACUCAUUCGACAGGCUGAGGUGAUUUCGGAGCUGUCCACGUAUACGGAUGUUAUCAACCAGCAACACGCGCAAGAGCGGGAACGAUGGGAAGCUGAAAGGUUCGCGUCACAUAGGCUUAUGGAUGCAAUGUUUAUCCGCAUGCAAAAAGAGGGUGUCAGCAAGCUAGAGGAACUCGAGCGCGAAAACCGUAGUAUUUUUUCAGAAAAUCGAGUUCUUCGGAAGCGUCUUCGGGAUACGCAAACAAGGCUCGACCAGCUUGAGGCUGAACUCCACGCGCUGCGUCCAUUCUUCUUGUACACAAGUUGUGAAGCUUCUGGACGACCCAUUCAAACGUCUCUAUUAAGUUCCCCGUCCCCACGAACCGCCAAGCCACGAUCGAAAACGUUUACCCAUCGUGACGUGGCGGGGGAGGAACCAACGGCUGAUAUCUUAUCCCAGAAGCAGACUUCAAGAUAUGGGCGGCCUGAAUUGCCGAUCCUUGGUGAUGCUCGCAGCGAGCAUAUGCUGCUAGUCGCCCGAAAAUUGGGACGAGAACGAGUCGCCCGCAUCGCUCUGCCAUUGCAAUGCCCUUCAGCGAGUGCAAAUGUGGACCAAGGAAUGUUAUUUCCCGCCAGCCCCUACCCAUUGCAUCGUCUCGUCAGCCCGCAAACACCUACGGGGCCCCGGAUUUCCGCUAUUUUUGGCUCUGUGCAAUCUAUUACUCCUCUAUGCUCCUCUCUGCUCAGCCCUACAAUUAUCCCUCCGACCUCACGGAACCAGCUUCCACGCCCAAAUGCUGCUGCUAAUGCUGCCGCAGCGGCCGCGGCUGUCGUGGUCGGUGCCUCCGGAGCACCCGGAGCUUCUCCUCAGAAGCAGAAGACGGCCAGCACGUUUGGGAUUUCGCCGUGUAAGAAAACUCCCUCAACUCCUGUUCAUAAUCACAGGAGCUUGGACGCUACUCCAAGUACGAGUGGUUUGGAUAAUCUCUUCAUGGCUGCAAAACGGGUUCUCGACCAUGAUGACGAUGAGCCGCAAUUGUCCACGCCCACCAAGAGACGACGCAUCGAAACAGAAUCCCGCGCCAAGCCUGGGGCCCCUGUCACUACACCGAACUCUCCUGUCGAAACAGCAAUGAGUGCUCUUCAAGUCUUAGCGCAGCAAGCAGUCACUCUUGGAUCCAGUGAUCGUGGCGGAUAUGAAUCUUCUGAUCCUCCUGAUGUUGUGGUCGUUGAGAAUGGGCGUGGCGCUGCUAAAGGGCAGUGGUCGCCCGAUCCGCCUUCUCCCAGGCUCCCAGUAGAUGAAGUUUCUCAAACUUCAAAACCUGCGACAUACCUGAAGUAUGCUCCUGAUUAUAAAUCCCGGCCUAGUAGGGGUUUGUUACCUCCGCCACCUGACUAUUCCGCAGCUUUUGGGGGUACGAAGGCCAAGGCUAAAUCGACUCCGCUUGGGAAGUCUGCCCCGUUACCUCUGCUGCCUCGAACACCGACUAUCAUUAAUCCCUACUCCCCCGGUGUCCUAAACUUAGCUCAUUCUCAAUAUGCCGUUCGUGCCACCCCUUCACCAUCUCACCUAACGUCAGCAUCCCAAACCCAUGCACUCAGUUUGAGGGGCCAUGUCACAUUCUCUUCGCCACUUUCGGCUACACGUUGUGCAGUAAAGGAACGUGUCGGAUAAAUACCAUGGACAAAUGGGCGAGAGUUUGUAAAAUAACCAAAUCCAGUUAGGCUAACUCCGGAUCUUUGGUCACGUCGUCACUGGUUGCCACAUUAAUAUUAUCUGACUUAUUUGCUACUGCCCGCAUCCACUCUUGUGCUUUCAUCAAGAAUUCCCUUGGCUCUGUUUGCUUCGGACCGUUGUCAUACCAUACUGUAAGGGGAUCUUCAUAAUAUAACAUCCUGCGAACCCCCGAAAACGUGAACGAAUCCUCGCAGUUCUACAAUUUAUAUUUCGUGUGAGUCAAAGCUCUAGGUGGCGCUGGGCUUGCAAUGGGCUUGCUUGAAGG